AUGCCACAGUUCAUAGGCGUAUACAAGGCGCUCUAUGGGUAUACAUCUGCAGGCCCAGAGGAGCUGACGUUCGCCGAAAAUGACAUUUUGUACCUUUUGGAGAAAGCUGACGACGGCUGGUGGACGGUCAAGAAACGGAUUGCUGGCCAGGCCAACGACGAGCCCACAGGGAUUGUUCCUAAAAACUACAUUGAAUCCGCAACGCCAUCGAGCACUGCCAAGGCACUUUAUCCAUAUGAACCUCAAACCGACGAGGAAGUGCCGUUCUCUGCCGGCGACUCGUUCGAGGUGUUCGCUGAGGACGGCGACUGGGUUCUGGUCGGGGUCAACUCGAAGUAUGGUUUCGCCCCGGCGAAUUAUCUAGAGAUGGCUUCGGCCCCAAAGACUCCGGCCAAGGAUUCUCUGCCCGCUGCGAGUGCGCAGGACGCUCCCGCUGCGGUUCCACGCCCUGCUCCGUCAUCCUUUGCGGCUCCCCCCGUGCAUCCUCAAGUGUCCGCAUAUCACGCAUCGGGAAGCUCGUCCCGCGUGGACCGCAUUGAUUCCCGCGGAGACGAAGAAGAGGCGCCUCCGCCCAAGCCUCCUCGGCCGUCGGACGGUGGUGGACGCUCUCGGGCCAACACCAACGACAGUAAUCGAGCACGUUCUCUGUCCCCAGCCGACAGACCCUCAUUCCGCUCGUGGACAGUGCAAGAGAUUGAUGGAAAAUCAAAGUCGAAAGCCACGUUAUCGGUGUCGGAGACGACCAUUUUGCUGUCCCCCGACCGGGGCCCCCAGCAGCAGUGGGACGUUCCGAACCUUAUGAGCUACUCUUCGGAGAAAAAACAUGUAUUUUUGGAGUUCCAGAAGCCUCGUGCGUCGCUUGAUCUCAAGACUAGCUCGCAAAGCAUCAGCGACCAGAUUGUUGCUGCGAUCGGCCAAGUCGCCGGAGCAUCGAGAGCUGCCGGUCUCACUGAAGUUUUGGUGGCUGCCAAAUCCGCAGGACAACGUAGUGGAAAAGCCGCUUUGGCAUUCAAAGCUGCAAACGGCCGUGAACUCACUGUGCGAGAGGGCGAGACUCUGUUUAUCAUUAAUCAAAAGUCGAAAGAGUGGUGGUUGGUCCGCAAUAAGGAGGGCAGAGAGGGCCUUGUUCCCGCAUCGUUUGUCGAUUUAGACGAUGAUAUCGAGAAAAGAACACUCUUCAACCGGUUUGGUCGGAAAAACAAUGCAGGCAAGGAAAGAGAAAAGGAACGCGAGCGUGAUAGAGAGCGCUUUUUGGAGCAGAGGGCCCGUGGUCGGGAUGAUCAUGACCGCGAGCGUGACCGCAGCCGUGACGGCGAUCGCGAUCGCGACAGACGCAAGUCUCGACACUCGAAGCGGCCCAGCUCGAGCGACCGCAAGUUACCCGAUUCCCGCAAAUUGCGCACUUGGACAGACCGGUCUGCCACUUUCCGUGUAGAAGCUGCUCUUAUUGGCGCUUCUGAUGGUAAGGUGCAUCUUCACAAGUCCAAUGGUGUGAAAAUUGCUGUUCCUGCAUCCAAACUGUCGGUUGGUGAUCUUGACUAUGUCGAGAGUGUUUUAGGAAUCUCUUUGUCUGAGGACAAACCUCUCUCAGAAAUCCGUUCCAAGUCUGGCCGACAUGAUCAGUCUUCGGUUGCUGCUGCGGUUGACGUUAUUCCAAGCCCUAAGAUUGGAUCCGGCAAUAACCGGUCUAGUGAUCAGGAGAAGACUAUUGAUUUUUGGUUCCAAUUUUUCUUGGAUUGUGGCGUUGAACCUAAUAAUUGCCAGCGCUAUGCUACGAACUUUGCCCGAGACAAGAUGGACGAGAGCGUGUUACCUGAAAUCACGCCCCCAGUUCUUCGGAAUCUUGGUCUCAGGGAGGGCGAUAUUCUCCGGGUGACGAAGAAGAUUAGCGAAAAGUAUGGAUCAGCUAAUGAAUCUGCUGGUGCCAAUACAUCUACCGACGACGCGUGGACUCCUCGUCCCGUUGCUCAAGCUGCAUCUCCCCCGGCUGCUGCCCCUGCACCACUGGCCGCUCAGUCGACGGCUCCCGUAGCCGCACCUGGUCCGGUUCUUACUCCGCAGGCUACAGCUCCCCAGCCUCUGCAACGCUCAGCCACUGCACCAAUCCAGGCAACGCAGACAGGGCCUUUUGCCAAGCCUCUCAACAGCACUCCUACGGGAGCGUUGGCAGAUCUUUUGGGAAUGACUAGUUUGCAGCCUCAGCAAGCGACCCAAAGUGCUUCUCAGCCUGCACUCCAAGCUCAAAAAACAGCUGAGGACAAACUCGCAUCUCAGCAGCGUCAACAUCAGCAAAUGAUCUUGCGCCAGCAAGCCGAGCUGCAACAACAGCAGAUUAAACUCCUCAAGGAACAGCAGUCUGUUCUCAAGCAACAACAGGAUGAACUUGUCAAAACACAGACAGGCAUUGCCCAGGCCAUGACGGGCAUGCGCACCGGAGGACUUGAUCCGUUUGCUACUGGUGUUGCUGGAGGCGCGUUUGGCCAGUUCGGAACUUCAGCAGCCAUUCUCGCUGCUCCCCCGCCCCCCCAACCGCGUGGUAUUGGAUUUCAGACCAGCUUCCCGGCUGCUUUCCCUGCUCAAACCACGGGAGGUCCAUUCCAGGCCCAAAUUACAGGGGGCCCAUUCCAGGCCCAGACUACUGGAGGUCCGUUCCAAAUCCCAACAGGCGGCCCGUUCCAGGCUCAGACCACCGGAGGACCAUUCCAGGCCCAGACUACUGGAGGACCAUUCCAGACUCAGACCACCGGAGGACCAUUCCAGGCUCAGAUCACUGGGGGACCAUUCCAGGCCCAGACCACUGGUGGCCCAUUCCCCCAGUCUAAUGGUAUGCAGGCACCAUUCGGAGGACCUGCAACGACUUUUGCAAGCACUGGGCCCCAACCCCAGGGCGGAGGGCCUUUCCAGACCACAUUCCAGGCUCAGCCUGUUGCUCAGCAGUUGACGGGCGGCCCGUUCCAGCCCUUGGGGAUGAACCGGACUGGUGGACAACCCACACUGGCGCAGCUGCAAAUGCAACAAACGGCGUCUCAGCAGCCGAUUCACGCACCUGCGGCUGCGCCUGCUACGACGUUUUCCAACGAUCCGUUCGCGGCCAUCUUAGGAAAGGGUCCGAGCCAGCCCCAACCGUUCUCUGUCGGUCAACCGUUCUCUGCUGGCCAGUUCCAGUCUGCACCAGCGCCUGCACAGCCGUUCCAGUCGCAGCCGACUUUCCAGCCCCAGCAAGCUUUCCAGGCUCCGCAAGCUUUCCAGUCCCAGCCAGCUUUCCAGUCCCAGCCAGCUUUCCAGUCCCAGCCAGCUUUCCAGUCCCAGCCAGCUUUCCAGUCCCAGCCAGCUUUCCAGGCUCAGCAAGCUUUCCAGCCACCAGCACCGCAGUCGUUCCAGCAGCCGCCGCAACCCAACCAAGCGGCGUUUCAACCGACGUCACAGUUUGGCCAGGCGUUGCAACAGCAGCGGACGGGCGGUGAGCUGCAAAGCCAACCGACAGGAUUCGGAUUCGGCAACCAGCGAACAGGUAAUCUUGCAGCCGCCACGGCAAACAAUCCGUUUGGAUUCUAG